AUGGCGAGGCGCAAAGUCGACCCGCAUGUCGACGAUAAUUCGGACACCACCUCGGGUGACGAGUUUGAGCUGGAUGACGUCGCUUCUGGUUCCGGCGAGCCGAUGCGCAAGAGGAUGCGCCGGACGAAAGAGGAUGCCAUCUACGGGAUCUUUGGCGAUGACGACGGGGGAAAUGAGCGAGAGGGUGGGAUGGGCAGGACGGUGAGGGCGAGAGAUGCGAAAGGAAGGAAGGUGAACUAUCGGGCUGGACAGGCGUUUGUCCCUGCAUCGACAUCGGUUCAGGCAAAGUUAGAGGAGGAAGAAGCGGUUGCCAUAUCGGACGAGGACGUGUCGAGGGCGGCUGAUAAAGGGAUCGGGGAUAAGAAAGAGGAUGAGGUGGAAGACGACUUCCAACCAGCCUCCUUCUACUCUUCACGGCAAGGCAUCGGAUCGACCACUACACGAGAGCCAAGCGAGCCUCGACCAGCCAAACCCAAAGCUCGAGCAGGCAUAGGUGCCCGCGCGGGCAUCGGCAGCACAUCCGCAACCAACGCAGAAGCAGGUCCAUCCACUCGUCGAACCGGCCUCACCUCGCUGUCCAUGUUCGUCUCUGCCGGCACGAGCAAGCAGACCGAUGCGACGGUCCCACCACACAACGUCGCUCAAGACACAGUCACUACCAGCUCCACCUCGAUACCCGAACCCAAUGUCGCCCAACAACCACUCCCUCCUGGUCCGCCACCAAUACCACCACCCGGCCCACCUCCCGUUCCGCCACCAUCCAUGUCCACAGCUGCAGAUGAAGCAGCCAUGUCCACCGCCGGCCUACCGACAACCUUCGCCCCCACCCCCAGCCCCGCCUUCCAACCACGCCCAUCCAAACCCGCUCCUCCGCCUUCGACGAGCAUCAAGUUCGGCACCAAGUUCGAUCCGUCCGCAUACCUCGCCUCGAUGGGCUGGACGGGCGGCGGGCUGGGCAAGUCCGGCCAAGGCAUUGUGGCGCCUAUCGAGGUGCAAUUGCGUCCGGAACGGGCGGGGAUCGCGUACGGCGGAUUGAAGGAGAAGACGCAGCAGGCAAAGGACGAGGCUCGACGUCGCGGUGAGGUCGAGUCCUCGGACGAGGAGCGCACUUCGAAACCCAAGAAGAAGGAGAGGAAGGAGAAACCAGCAUGGACCGAGAGAGAGAAGAAACCACGGAAGCCGAAGGUGGAGCAUCGCACGUACGAGCAGAUUAUCGAGGAGAUCGGCGGGUUGCCGGGGACGCAGAGUGGGCUGGGGAAGAUCUACGAUGCGAGAGGGGGAGAGAUGCGCGAGGUGUCGGACCUAGCUACGGCGUUGGGAAGCAAAGGCCUACCCUCGGCCCGAGCGGAACACCUGCCGGAACUGCAGCACAAUCUGCGGUUGAUCUGCGAGACGAACGCGCAGACGCUAACGGCGCUCGCGAGGGAAGGCGUGCAGAUCCAGGAUCGAAAGCGGUGGUUGAAACGCGAGGCGGAGGUCGCGGCGAGGAAGAGGGCGGUGGAGGAGAAAAAGUUGGUGCGCAUCAGGGGGGUGUUGGCGGUGGUAAAGCGGUUGGAGGAGGUGUCGUUGCGUGUUACCAGCGCGCUAGCGGAGAGCGAAGGUGGCGAAGAGGCACUAGCCGACUUCACACCGCUGAUCAAGCAGCUGGCCACCGAGUACGAAGACGAGAUCACCGACCUGGCGCUCGACGAAGCCGUGGUCGGCGCUGUCGCUCCCCUCCUCCGCACGCUCUGGUCCGACUGGAAACCUCUCAAGCAGCCCAGCUUCACCACGUCCUACCUUCGCGCGUGGGAGCCGCUCCUUCCAACCCAAUCCUCAACCACCACCUCGCCACCCACAAUGACACCCCACGAAACGCUACUGUGGACCCUCUGGCUCCCUCGCAUUCGCAGCGCGCUCAACGAGUGGAAGCCCCACCACCCAUCCUCCGCCGUCACCCUGCUCGAAACCUGGCAACCCCUCCUCCCGCGCUUCAUCUGGGACAACCUGAUCGACCAGCUACUACUCCCCUCUCUGCGGCACAGCAUCUCGGACUGGGACGCGCGCACGAGCCGGUGGGGGCUCGAGCAUGUGCUCUUCCCGUGGCUGCCGCUGGUGGGUGUCGAGCGGAUGGGCGAUGUGUUCGUCGAAGCCAAGACAAGGCUACGGGCGGGACUGAAGGUGUGCAGCAUUCGGCAGGGUCCGAGUCGGGGUCUGGGUCAGUGGCGCAAGUUCUACGGCUCCGGUGGGAGUGACGAGUGGGACGCACUGCUGUUGUCGACCGUCGUGCCGCGGCUUGCGUCGCAUCUAAAGGCGAAAUUGUCGAUUGCCGCCAAUGAGAAGGAGCAGGAUCUGUCAGCACUGGAAGAAGUGCUGCAGUGGAAAAAGGUGGUUGGGCGGACGGUGAUGGCGAGGGUGGUGGCGGUGGAUUUCUUCCCCAAAUGGCUCGCUGUGUUAUGCGAGUCGCUCAAGCAGCCUCCUCGGGAACUGGAAGGCGUGGCGAGAUGGUACGAGUUCUGGCGGAGAUGGUGGGCUGAAGAAGCCUCGCUUCUGUCUUCCGUUCCGGACAACCCGACCGACGUUGGGAAUGUGGGCUUCUGCGCUGGGCUGAACCUCAUCAAUCGUGCGCUUGACCUGUCACCCUCAUCGCGAUCCGCACUGCAGCCACCGUCAUUCGUCCUGCCGUCGACAAGACCAGCAUCCACCACCGCCGCUACUACAGCAAGCACCGCAGAGCCGGCAGAGGCGGAGCGCGCCACCUUCCGCAGCAUCCUCUCCGACCACCUGGCGCAGCACGAUUUGUUCCUGUUCAAGACGUCCCAAGUGCACCCAACGGGUCCAACGACCACCGCAGCCGUGUGGCGCGUCUCCAAGAGCGCCUCUGCAAAGACCGCUUCGGUGCUGAUCUACCUCGACGACGACGUGGUUUUCCAACAGCGGAAGGAAGGAUGGGUGCCUGUCUCGCUCGAUCAGCUGGUCCAGUCGCUUGUGUAG